UACAAAUGGAAGCCCACAAAUCAUGAAUGGGCAUUGUUUGAUACCAUUACACCCAUACUUGCUCGUUUGGCUGAGGUCUCUACUGCAUUCUCUGGCUCUACAUAUCCCACUUCCAAUAUAUUUUAUCCUCACAUUGUCAAUGUGAAGAUUGCACUUAGAGAGGCAUGUGAAUCCACAGAACCAGAAUUGAAAGCUAUGGGAGAGGCAAUGAUGGUCAAAUUCAACAAGUAUUGGGAAGAACCCAAUAAUGUGAUGGUGAUCGCUACUAUUCUUGACCCAAGGUACAAGCUGAAAUACAUCAAGUGGGGUUUCUAUAAGAUCUAUGGACGUGAUAAAGCUGCAGCUGAAUAUGAUUUGAUCGAGAUCGAGUUGGCAAAGUUGUAUGAGACAUAUGAUAUGCAUCACCGACAUGAGAAAGCUGAUUCUUAUAGAGCGGGUGCAUCCUCAGCUACAACCAUGGAUACAAGUGCCUCUCUACCCUCUAGUGCUGGCGAGUUCACCUCAUACUUAAGUGAAACUUCUUUGGAGACAACGAAGAAUGAGCUUGACAAGUAUCUUGGCGAGGCAAAUGAGAGCUUGCUAAACAAAAAAUUUGAUGUGUUGAUGUGGUGGAGGCUGAAUGCACAUAGAUACCCCGUCGUGGCAAAGAUGGCGAAGAACUUCUUGACUAUACCGGCCACUUCGGUGUCUUCGGAGUCUACUUUCAGCACCGGGGGUCGAGUUCUAGAUGACUAUAGGAGUUCUCUGAAGCCGUCGAUGGUGAAGGCGUUGGUGUGUGCUUCUAGCUGGAUUAAAGGUGCCCACAAUGACAACGGGAAUUCGAUGAAUAUGGCAGCGGAUGAUGAUGAUGAUGUUGAGAGCAUUCCAUUUCCAAAAAGUGUGGUGGGGAGCAACUAGUAAGUUCAAUGGCUUCCUUAUCUUUAGUUGCUGAAACUUUUCUUGCUG